UGAGGGGCUGGGCAUUAGUUAAUAGCUGACUUAAUAGCCGACCAAUACUGACCAUUGCGUGCUCUUCUGCCAGGAUGCUCGCUCCUGCACUAAAUGAACGUAUAAGAGCGAAGAACGAUAUGCAGAGCGCUCCGUGAUUUCUGUUCUUGUCACCGGGAAUAACGAUCUUUAAAUCGUUCAAUUGACCUUUUCACCACCACCAGCGCGCACACAUUCCUUGCUCGCAUUGAGCAGUCGCUGCGGCUCUUCGUCAACUUCUCCGUGGAGCCACAACUGGUUCACGGGCAUUAUUUCCUUGUCCGACUCGUUGCCAACAAAACAACGGGGCAUGCCGAAUUUAAGACGUCCUGUGUAAACCGCUGUGGUCAAGCAUCCUGGCAAUAAGCAACUCAAUAGUGCCCAGCACAUCAGCAUUACCAUAGCAUUACCAGAGAGCACAUCGACAAAUCGGCAAAGCAAAAGAAGAUGGAAGAUGACCAUGACUUCGUCAUCGUGGACAAGCGCGAUGCGUUGCCCACUGAGAGCAGGCCUCCUUCUCCGUCACGGACAGAGCAGGAAGAUGCCAAAGAGGAGAGCAAUCUGAGGACCAAGCCGACUCUGAACCAGCUUUGGCUGCACCAGAAUCUGGGCAAGUUUCCAGCGAAGACGCAUGCUCGCAAGGUGGCCAGGGAGCUGGGAGUGUGUGCCGGCAUGAUUUACCUGCCCGGCCAGGACGAGAUUCUCUACGAAGAUUCCGACAUGACUUUCGAGUUUCGCCAACGCAGAUACUUCUACUACAUCACUGGUGCUGACUUCCCAGGGUGUGCUGCGACUUACGACAUCAAGCGCGAUUAUCUCAUCCUCUGGGUUCCGCAGUUUGAUCCGCGGACCGUUCUCUAUCAUGGGAGAGUGCCUCCACCGGAGCAGUUCUUGGCCGCCUCGGACGUCGAUGAUGUGCGUUACAUCAGCGCUCUUGACCAGUUCCUGCUCGCUUCUCUCGAACCCGGGAGCGUCCUUUUUGCCCUACACCCGAACCAGGUGCCGCGGCUCGAGAACCCCAACGGACCGGUGUGCAUCGACACGACAAGGCUUGCCCCCGCCAUUGGGAGGGCGCGCGUCAUCAAGUCCGACUACGAAGUUGCCAUGAUCCGGCGGGCAAAUGCUGUUUCUAGCUAUGCCCACCGAGCCGUCCUCAGGCACCUGAAGCGCGCCCACAACGAGCGCGUCCUCGAGGCCGUAUUCGUCGGCUUCUGCACCAGCGAGGGGGCCAGACGCCAAGCCUACCCGGUCAUCGCCGCGUCCGGCAUCAACGCCAGCACGCUUCACUACAGCAACAACAACGAGCCCCUCGCCGGCCGCCAGCUCGUGGUGCUCGACGCCGGCGCCGAGUGGAAGUGCUACGCCAGCGACAUCACCCGGACCUUCCCGGUCUCGGGCGCCUUCUCCGCCGAGGCGGCCGCCAUCUACCGCAUCGUCGAGCGCAUGCAGGCCGAGUGCAUCCGGCGGGUGCGGCCUGGCGUCGCGUUCGCCAGCCUGCACGUGCUCGCGUGCGUCAUCGCCGCCGCGGGGCUCCUGCGGCUGGGCAUCCUGCGCGGCGGCACGCUCGAGGAGAUCAUGCGCGCCGGCACCGUCGCCGCCUUCUUCCCCCACGGCCUGGGCCACCACGUCGGCCUCGAGGUGCACGACGUCUCCGGCGGCGCCGGCCUGCUCUUGCCCGCCGCCGCCAUCCUGGACCCGAAGCCGAAGCGCCGCGAGCUGACGACGCCAGGCACCCGGUGCCCGCCGGGAAGGGUCCCCUCCCCCAAGAGGCAGGCGGUGACCCCCGAGAUGGUGGCGCUCUUGUACACGGGCGCGGCUUGGGCGCAGAAGCCGUCGGCGAGGGAGAGCCUGGAGCCGAAUAUGGUGGUUACCAUCGAGCCUGGCAUCUAUUUCUGCCGCGAGUACCUCGAGAGCCUCUUCCUCCACCAUCCAAUCCACAGCAAGUUCAUCAACACCGCGGCGUUGGAGAAGUACUGGGACGUUGGUGGUGUGCGCAUUGAGGACGAUAUCCUAGUCACACAGGACGGCUAUGAGAACCUGACGCUGGCGCCAAAGGGCGAAGAGAUGCUCAAGCUCAUCAGGGAGGGCGCUUAAUGGUGUGAGUCAUCACGGGUAUGAUGAAGUUGCUUCGUGAUCUGUAUCUUGCAAUGUCGAUAGCUUGGGGAAUCAGGAUUGGCAAGCAAAUGGGUUUGGGUAAUGGAGAUUCAGGGGAUAUUGAAAUUAAAUUUAACUCGCAGUGCCUUCUGCCCCCUCUCUGUUGCUACCUAUCCGUCCCUGGUGUGCAGCAGGUGGUCAGAACCAUCACAGC